GCCCGCCACCGUCCCGUAUGGCUGGACCCGCGAUGGGAAAGCCAGGGAGUCAGGUUGUACGAGAAGUCUCCAUGGACGGAAUCCAGUCGCCGCCUGUGACCACGCCGGUGGUGGCUCUUGAUGGGCUGACCAAGCCCAACAAGAUGAAGGUGAAGUGGGCUCAGCUGGGCCUGGUCUUCUUCCUCCUCCUGUCCGGCGUGAUGACCGGCUGCUUCAUAUGGCAGUACAAGCUACCCAAGCUGCUCUCCGAUGAUGCGCUGGGGAGGAACGGCAAGGCUGAGAGGAUGUGCCCGCGCUUUCCCGAGCCCACCACACUCGAACAUCCCAUCCCCAUUCUGAAGGAAGCCCUGGAGAAGGUGGACGCGUUGCUGCGUACCAGCAUUAAUCCCACCAGCCUGCCAGCAAUGUCAGCCAUUGUCGUCUACAACGACACCGUGCUGUGGACGGGCAACUUUGGCAAGAGGAACGGCACCGACCCACAAUCUCCUCCACCAAAUGAGUACACCAUCUACAGGAUCGCCAGCCUGUCCAAGAUCUUCCCCACGCUGAUGCUCUACAAGCUGUGGGAGGACGGCAAGGUGGGCUCCCUGGACGACCCGCUGGAGAAGUACGUGGAGAACUUCACCAUCAAGAACCCGCUGGGCAAGGCGCCCAACUCGGAGCUCAAGUACGUGACGGACGGCCUCAUCUUCCUGGACAGCGGAGAGGUGCCGAUCCGCUCCUCGUCGGUCACACUGCGACGCAUGGCCAGCCAGCUCUCUGGUCUGCCCAGACGGCUCCGGGCCACUAACCUGCUAUGGAAGGGGAAAACUCAAUCAGCUAUCAAUUUAUUGCAAGAUGACGUCCUUGUGGCUGACCCUGGUACUAAGUGCCAUUACAGCAACCUGGCCUUCUCCCUGCUGGCCCACGUCAUGUCCGAGCGGGUGGUGGGCCAGGACUACCAGCGCUGGGUGAGCGACAACGUGCUGGACCGGCUGGGCAUGGAGGACACGGGCUUCGACAUCACGCCGGCCGUGCUGAGCCAGAUGGCGGUGGGCGUGUACGGCAACGGGCAGGCGGCGCCGCUCUACGACCUGGGCUGGUACCGGCCGUCGGGCCAGAUGUACUCCACCUCGGCCGACCUGGCCAAGCUGGCCAUGACGCUACUGGGCGCCUACCACCGCAAGCUGCUGGAGCCCGACACGCUCAAGAUCCUGCUGACGCCGCUCUUCCGCUGCGACAAGGACUACUUCGCCAACCGCACCGGCACGCCCUGGGAGGUCAACGAGAUCCUGGGCUACGAGAUGGUGCGCAAGGACGGCGACCUGGACGGCUAUUCGGCCACCUUCUCGCUGGUGCCGCGCCUCAAGCUGGGCAUGGUGCUGCUGAUGGCCGGCACCAGGCCGCAGAGCCGCGACGUGGUGGCCAAGGCCUACAGCUACGUCAUCCCCGCCAUGGAGCGCGCCUUCCGCGACGCCAAGCGCGUGCUGGCGCCACCGCCCGACCCCGCGCCUUACGUGGGCUUCUACACCUACGGAAACAUCACCUUUUACGAGAUCAAGGCCGGCGCCGACGGGGUGCUGAUCAUGCAGCAGUUCGGGCCGCAGAUCGCAGAGCUGAUCCCGGAGCGGUACCGGACCAUUAAGCUGAACUACCUGGUGGACCGGGUGUUCAGGGUGGUGUUUGAGAAGGCGUACCCCUGCGUCUUGCGCGUCAGCACCGCCUCUGUGUCUCUGGAGGCGCAAGACGGACAGCUCUUUAACUUCUACGUCUUUGAUAAGAGGGGGCUGUCCCCCGGAUUUGACGCUCCCGGCCUCAACACGUACAAUGUGGUCCGAAUAGCUCGCAGACCAACUUUUAACACCUGAGCUGGGCAGUCGUCGAAACUGCACAGAAAAUAAGGGACAUAGAGUGAGCAUGAUCUGUCAACUUUUCCAGCUCAGUGAAGCUGACCGAAUGGGCUUUAAAGGUGUCAGUCAAGAGAGUCAAGGCCUAUAUUCCCCAAUGCAAUACCAUUUAUAUACCCUUCUGUAGACACAAAAUGGUUCAGGCGAUGCAAUAGAGAAACUUUUGGACACUUUGUUGACAGAACCAAUUUCUUACUUUUCUGUUUCAUAUGUUUGUCAUUGUGUUCUCCAUUGUUUGUCUGUUUGUUUUGUUGAAUGUAAACAAUGCUAAGCUGUAUUUCGUGUCCUUUUUUACACUUGACUGACUUAACCUGCAAUAUGUACAGUAUUUUGUUUUUUUGCCAUUCCUAUGUCUAUCCCUCUGAAUGUUAUUUUUUUCCUAUACAAUGUCAUGUACUAUUAAUUCAGAACAUAAAAGAUGUCAUAUUGACAGCUUCUGACAACAGUGUAAUUCCAUUAUGCUGCAAGUGUAAACAAGAUAUUGCUUUGUAGUACACCAAAACUGCAGUACACCAAAAAAUAUGGGAUUUUAAAAGCCAUCGAUGUCA